GUGCUGGGGUGUGUAAACUUGAAGAACUCGGGCUUUUCCAGUUAAAACCCUCACUUGCAGCGCAGCAAACAUGCCUGAACAAAGCAACGACUACAGGGUGGUUGUGUUCGGAGCAGCCGGUGUUGGCAAAAGCUCCUUGGUCCUUCGUUUUGUAAGGGGGACUUUCAGGGAAACCUACGUGCCCACCAUCGAAGAUACAUACCGGCAGGUUAUCAGCUGCGAUAAGAGCAUCUGCACCCUCCAGAUCACAGACACCACGGGCAGCCAUCAGUUCCCUGCCAUGCAGAGGCUGUCCAUAUCCAGAGGGCACGCAUUCAUCUUGGUGUACUCCGUCACCAGCCGGCAGUCCAUGGAAGAUCUCCAGCCCAUCUUCGAACAGAUCUGCCAGAUCAAAGAGGACAUCCGAAAAAUCCCCAUCAUGUUGGUGGGUAACAAAAGCGAUGAGGCCCAGAGGGAGCUGAAUGCUAGCGAGGGGCAAGCGUUAGCCAGCAAGUGGAAGUGCUCCUUCAUGGAGACAUCAGCCAAAAUGAACUACAACGUGCAGGAGCUGUUCCAGGAGCUGCUGACCCUGGAGAAGAGGAGAACUGUCAGCCUCCAGGUGGACGGGAAGAAAUCCAAGCAGCAGAAAAAGAAAGACAAACUGCAAGGCAAGUGCUCGGUUAUGUGA